GGAUAUUUGGUUAGAGCAUCUGCCAGUAUUUAUUCCCAAAAGAAAAUAUUUGUACAACUUUGACCUGGUCCUCACUGGCUGUUUGUGGAGGCUAGGAGAACUUGAUCCUUUUGUAAUUUCCUUCCAAAACCUUUUUGACUUCUCAGUAUUCACCUAGGAUAUUGCACUUUCCUAAAAAUUAAUCAGGAUGAAUAAGAUUCUUCUCCUCGGAUUUUCUGCUCUGUUCUGCUGGUCUGUCGCUCAAGGUAUCGUAUGUAAAUUUUGUCGAUAUGGAAAUGGAAAGGGCUGUUUUUCUUCAGUAGAUGUCUGCAAGACAGAAUUUGGGAUAUGUAACACAGUUGCAAGCUACCUUGGUGAUGAGCUCUAUUACAUGAGUUAUGGCUGUCUUGAUCAUGAAUUUGCAAGCUGGUAUUGCAACACAACUGACAAGGAUGGAAAAUAUACACACAUCGAAACUUGUUGUGAAACUGACAAGUGUAAUGGAAAAAUCCCACCCCUGCCUCGUGUUAGGAAUUAACGGAUAAGAGAAAACUGAUACAAAGCUCUAGCUGGCUCAUCAAGUGAGAGAUGGUACAGUCUGUCCAUUUCGCUUUGUCUUACAUUAUUUUUCCCCAAAACUUGUCAAGUUACUUUUUAAAAAUAAUUUACUCCUGUUAGUUGUUAUAAUGUUGGAAAGUAAUCCAUUACCAUUACUCAUUAAACAAUUGAUGAAGGAAUUCCCUGCAUCACUUAUUGCAUUCCUCAAUACUUUUCAGUUAUAGAGCUGAAUCUCUUCUAUCCAGAAUUGUUAAACCCAAAAUAUUCCAAAACACAAAACUUUUUUUCACGGAUGGGUAAGAUAACGACAUCUGUGCUUUCUGAUGAUCCACUAUACACACACUUUGUUUCAUGCACAAAAUUAUUUAAAAUAUUGUAUAAAAUAUUGUAAAUAUUGUAUCAAGUUAUCUUUAGGCUAAGAUCACAGAGGAUCUUAACAAUAUCAAUCUAGACAACGAGGACACAGAAAUAGGAAAAGAGUUCCUAUACUUUAGAUCAAAUAUAGAUCAGAAUGGGGACUUCAGUCAAGAAAUCAGAAGAAGACUAAGAAUGAGGAGGGCAGUUAUGAAAGGAUUAGAGACGGUUCUAAAGAACAAAGAUAUACUACUAAAGGGAGAACUGGACAAGAUUCUAAAGUCUAAAGAUAUAACACUGACUACCAAAGUUAGGAUCAUCCAAGCCAUUGUAUUCCUCCUCACCAUGUAUGGGUGUGAGAGCUGGACAGUGAAAAAGGAAGACAGAAAGAGAAUCAAUUCAUUUGAGAUGUGGUGCUUGAGAAGAGUGCUGAGGAUCCCAUGGAUGGCCAAAAAGAUGAAAAAUGGAAACUCCCAUUAAUACCAAAUGAUGAGUCCAUAACUGUUUAAGGACAGGGGGGAAAUGGGAUAAGCACACAGGGAGUGAUAAUCUCCCCCCUCUAAAGUGAGAAAUCCAUAGUUGUAAUACUUAAUGUCAGUAGUGUUAGAAUCCUGUUAGUAUUCUACCAAAUAGUGUUUAGGGUUGAGGUAUAGUGGUUGGGGAUGAUGGGGCUUUAGCUGCAGUUAGGAAUGUAGAUAGUGAUGUCUAGUGCAUAGCAGGGCCAGGUGUCAUAUCGGGUGGCCUUGAGGGCCUGGCUCUCUGAGCGGGGAAUGUGGUUUCAGUUCUGUGGGAGCCAGGAGGGGCUUUGCUUGGCGGGCUUCUGCAUGGGAGGGGAUUUUGGCUUUUGGGAAUUCUGUUACUUUGUCUGUGGGGAGGUGUGGUUAGUCUCAGCUAAGAAGCUGAGUGAGGCACAUGUCUGAUUCUGGAUCUAUCAAUAAAGUGCUGUUGAUUAUAUAA